AUGCCACUCCAGCCCUCCCAAUACCUCUCCUCCGUCUGGAAACCCGACCUGUUCCGGGACAAGGUCGUCUUCUGCACCGGCGGGAACGGCUCGAUAUGCAGUGCCCAGGUCCGCGCACUCGUGCACCUGGGCGCGAACGCGUGCAUUGUCGGACGGAACAAAGAAAAGACCGAAACGGUUGCUAGGGAUAUAGAGACGGCACGACGUGGCAGUAAAGUGCUAGGCAUUGGGAACGUUGACGUGCGGAGCGUGGAGAGCCUGCAAAAGUCGGUGGACGAGUGCGUGAGGGUGCUCGGUGGGAUUGAUUUCUUGAUCGCAGGUGCCGCCGGCAAUUUCCUGGCUCCUCUCGCCCAACUGUCCCCCAACGCCUUCAAGUCCGUCAUGGACAUCGACAUCCUGGGCUCCUACAACAUCACGAAACUCUGCCUCCCGCAUCUCGUGGCCGCGGCGAAGAAACACAACGCCACGUCUACGCUUCCCAAAUCAGACGCCGAAACGUCCGGCCCAGGAGGCCGCAUCAUCUACGUCAGCGCGACGAUUCACUAUACAGGCCUGCCCCUACAGACGCACGUCGCGGUCGCCAAAGCCGGCGUCGAUGCCCUCAGCGCGAACGUGGCGAUCGAGUACGGGCCCUUGGGGCUGACUUCGAAUAUCAUCGCGCCCGGACCCAUCGCAGGCACAGAAGGAAUGGAUCGCUUGUCUAAGAAGCACAAGGCGGGUGGUUCGGCGCAGCCUGGGAAACGCAUCCCCGUGGGACGGUGGGGUUCGAUCAAAGAAAUCGCGGAUGCGACGGUGUUUUUGUUCAGUGAUGCUGCCAAUUACGUCAAUGGCGAUAGGCUUGUCGUCGAUGGUGGCGCGUGGCAUGUUAGUGCUGGGUCGCCUGGUGGGGACUUUGAGUAUCCCGACUUCAUUCUUAGUGGGGCCGAGGUCGACGGUGUUGCGGGCAUGAGGAAAAAGAAGGAGGGUGCGAAGCUGUGA